AUUGAAGCAGUGUUCUUAGCAGCUCUUGCUCCUGCUUUUUGUUAAGACAAGUAACAUCGCAGACAUGGCCCCCGAGAUUCACAUGCCAGAGCCCAUGUGCCUCAUUGGGAACACCGACGAACACCUAGUGACCAACCAGGAAGCCCUGAAGAUCCUGUCCUCGAUCACGCAGCCUGUGGUGGUGGUGGCGAUCGUAGGCCUCUACCGCACAGGCAAAUCCUACCUGAUGAACAAGCUGGCAGGGAAGGAGAAAGGAUUUUCUGUUGGAUCCACUGUGCAGUCUCACACCAGGGGGAUCUGGAUGUGGUGUGUGCCCCACCCCCAAAAGCCAGACCACACUUUGGUUCUCCUUGACACUGAGGGCCUGGGAGAUGUGGAGAAGAUUGAUGAAAAGAAUGAUACUCAGAUCUUCGCACUGGCAAUCCUCCUCAGUAGCACCUUCGUAUACAACACCAUGAACAAAAUUGACCAGGGGGCUAUUGACCUACUGCACAAUGUAACAGAACUGACAGAUCUGCUCCGGACAAGAAAUUCUUCUGACCCUAAUGAAACCGAGGAUCCUGAUGAUGUGAGCUUCUUCCCAGACUUGGUGUGGACCCUCAGAGAUUUCUUCCUGGGCCUGGAAGCCAACGGGCAUACCAUCACAUCAGAUGAAUAUCUGGAGAAUUCACUGAAGCUGAAGCAAGGUAGUGAUGAAAGAACCCAAACAUUCAAUCUACCCCGGAUGUGCAUUCAGAAGUUCUUCCCAGUAAAGAAAUGCUUUGUUUUUGACUCUCCUGCUCGUGGCAAUAAGCUUUCUCAGCUUCAAAUGCUCAGCAGUGAUGAGCUGAAUCCUGAUUUUGUGCAGGACCUUUCAGAAUUCUGUUCUCACAUCUUCACCCAUUCUAAAACCAAGACUCUUCCAGGAGGCAUCCAAGUCAAUGGACCUCGUCUCGAAAGCCUGGUGCUGACCUAUGUUGAUGCUAUCAACAGUGGGGCUCUGCCUUCCAUAGAGAACAUGGUGGCAACCUUGGCCCGGAGAGAGAACUCAGCAGCAGUACAAAAGGCCAUUGUUCACUAUGAUCAUCUGAUGAGCCAGAAGAUGCAGCUGCCUACAGAGACUCUCCAGGUGCUGCUAGACCUGCACAGGACCUGUGAAACAGAGGCCAUAGAAAUCUUCAGGAAGCAUUCUUUCAAGGAUGAGGACCAAUGUUUCCAGAAAGAAUUGGAGAACCUACUACGUGCAAAGCAGGAUGAGAUCUGUAAGAAGAACGUAGAUGCUUCUGCAGCCCUCUGUUCAACCCUACUUCAGAAUAUUUUUAAGCCUCUGGAACAAGAAGUGGCACAGGGCGUCUAUGCUAAACCAGGAGGCCACAAUCUCUACCUUCAGAGGAUGGAACAGCUGAAGGCACAGUACCGUCAGCAGCCAGGGAAGGGAACACAGGCUGAGGAAGUGCUGCAGAAAUAUUUGAACACCAAAGAACCAGUGAGCAAUACAAUUCUACAAACAGACCAGGCCCUCACAGACAAGGAGAGGCAGAGGAAAGAGGAACAAGCAAGAGCAGAGGCUGCCCAGGCUGAAGCACGGAGGUUGGAGGCUAUUCGCAUCCAGGAAGAGCAAAGGAUAGCGGAGCAGGAGAGAAGGCAUCAAGAGCAACUGAGGCAGAUAGCGAUUGAGAGAGCAAACUUUGAGAUACAGCAACAGAGGAUCCGGGAGCAGAGGAUCAAGGAAGAGGCUGACAGGAUCAAGGCAGAGCAGGAAGCUCGGCUCAGAGCACUUGAACAGGCGCGUCAACGCCUGAUAGAACAGGCCCAACACAGACGUGAUGACUGCAUUAUAAUCUAACACACCAAAACCUGCACCCUCCCUUUUUUAUUGCUUUUCAUUGAAGACACAAAGGAACAAGAGACUGAAGGAUUUCGGACGACCAAUAGUUAAGAAGCUCCAGUGGCCCCUGUCUAACUGCUAUAUUUGUCUCAAGAUAUUUUAAGUUACUCAGGAGGGGUUAAUCAAGUAGAACUUGGCCAAUAUCUGCCACUCACAUGAUAUUUCUUCUACUAGUGGACAUACAAAGAAGGUGAAAAUGAGAAAUCAGAAACGAUUCGUAUUUCUCAACUGGGUAGAGGCUCCUAGUUCGUGGACGGUAGGCUGGCUCCUCAGUACAGUCAGCUGGCCAUCUGCAAGUUCUUCUUCCUUUCUAUGUCCUUUUGGGAGCCCAAAUACAUUAUAGUCAACCUUGUCACAUGGUUAACUAUCAUGUCACUCACUCAUGGAGGGAGAUUUGUUCCUUCUGAUUUUCUUUUCUGCACCAUCCACAUUCUCUAUUGUGUCACAUGAUCAGUGCUUUAAAAAGUCUCUUUGUCACUUGAUUAGUGCUAAAAAAAAAGUCUCUUUAUCACUAAUGCUUUGAUUUUGACACACAAAAUCACCAUUUGCCCCUGUCUGUUUCCAUUUUUCUUCCUUAAAGUCUAUACUUGCCCAGGUAUAUUACUCACUUCUUAACCCCAGUAAUUAUACUGAUUUUAAAUUAUUUUGACGAUUUAAAAUAUAAAGUUUUUAAAUGAUUUCUCACUAUUCUAAGCUGUCUCUGUUCCUGGGUCUAUUUGCUUUAUUUCU